UCAGAAUAACGCAAGAGACUACACAGACAACUACACAGCCUUUUCUUAACACUGCAAGAUCCCGAUCGCGCUUGGAUUAUAAUUAUGACUCUGGAAGAGAUUCACGGACAAGAGAACACAAUGGAAAACGCUGAUAGGGUGCAAAGUGCAGGCGCAGCCCUGGAGGAGCUGCUGAUCGCUGCUAAGAAGCAGGACUACCUGACAGUUGGAGUUUACGAAUCUGCCAAAGUCAUGAAUGUUGACCCAGACAGCGUGGCGUUUUGCAUUCUAGCCACCGAUGAGGAAUACGAGUGUGACAUUGCUCUUCAGAUCCACUUCACUCUCAUCCAGGCUUUCUGCUUUGACAACGACAUCAACGUGGUGCGUGUCAAUGAUAUCGACCGCCUUGCCGACCUCGUGGGUGCAGAUGAAACCGGCGAGCCCAAGGACGCACACUGCAUUCUUGUCACGAGCCCUAGUGCAAACCCAUGGAAAGAUCCUGCUCUGGACAAGCUGAGUGUGUUCUGUGAGGAAAGGCGCAGUGUGUAUGACUGGGUGCCCACUAUCACACUCCCAGAGCGCUGAAGUGACACCCCCCUGAAGUUGCUUCACAUGAUUAUGAUGAUGAUGAUGAAAAGAAAGUCAAGGAGCUGAGCUUCAGCUGGGGGCCUCAUGCCUUUCUGCCUCACAUGUCUGGAUUAAGAGGCUGUGGCUGUAACUCCCCCCUUCUGCAAGAGCACACUCUUCCAGUGCAUCCUGGGUGAGCCCGUUGGUUCUGGAUUACCCUCUGCAAGGGUUCAGAGCUCAUGUGUGGACUUGUUCAGGUGUAUGUGGAGUGGACAGAACGCUUGAUGGACACUGAGAGUGGAGCUGGACUGUACUGCAUAGUACAUUAAAGAUGGCAAAUGGUAACCCAGUGACUGCCCUUUAACAGACACUGGCGGGACUAAGCAGAGAAGGUCACAGAGAGCGAUACUGUGCAAGAGAUGGACUUAAGAAAGUGGACUGGACUCCUCAGAGGGGAACAAGGUGCAGAUCCAGAAGGUGUCUGAAAGUGUCUAAACAAAGGACUUUUCUUUAUGAGUGCAGCUGUCAGGAAGUUCUUGGAAUAAGCAGAAACUGCUUGCAAAUCCUGAUGUAAAGCUGACACUUUUUUAAUGGACUAUUCAGUUUUCUUUCACAUAUGCAGACAGAGCAAUGCAGUAUUGAUUUGUAUUGUACUGACUUGAAAUGCUUUGUGAAUA